AUGCUUUAUUCUUUCUUUCUUUACAGUUCUAUGCUUUACUCUUUCUUUCUUUACUGUUCUAUUCUUUACUCUUUCUUUCUUUACUGUUCUAUUCUUUACUCUUCUAUGCUUUACGCUUUCUUUCUUUACUGUUCUAUGCUUUACUCUUUCCUUCUUUACUCUUCUAUGCUUUACUCUUUCUUUCUUUCUUUACUGUUCUAUGCUUUACUCUUUCCUUCUUUACUCUUCUAUGCUUUACUCUUUCUUUCUUUCUUUACUGUUCUAUGCUUUACUCUUUCUUUCUUUACUGUUCUAUGCUUUACUCUUUCCUUCUUUACUCUUCUAUGCUUUACUCUUUCUUUCUUUCUUUACUGUUCUAUGCUUUACUCUUUCUUUCUUUACUGUUCUAUGCUUUACUCUUUUUUCUUUCUUUUACUGUUCUAUUCUUUACUCUUUCUUUCUUUCUUUACUGUUCUAUGCUUUACUCUUUCUUUCUUUCUUUACUGUUCUAUGCUUUACUCUUUCUUUCUUUACUGUUCUAUGCUUUACUCUUUCUUUCUUUACUGUUCUAUUCUUUACUCUUUCUUUCUUUACUGUUCUAUUCUUUACUCUUUCCUUCUUUACUCUUCUAUGCUUUACUCUUUCUUUCUUUACUGUUCUAUUCUUUACUCUUUCUUUCUUUACUGUUAUAUUCUUUGCUCUUUCUUUCUUUACUCUUCUAUUCUUUACUCUUUCCUUCUUUACUCUUCUAUUCUUUACUCUUUCCUUCUUUACUCUUCUAUUCUUUACUCUUUUUUUCUUUACUGUUCUAUUCUUUACUCUUUCUUUCUUUACUCUUCUAUGCUUUACUCUUUCCUUCUUUACUCUUCUAUUCUUUACUCUUUCCUUCUUUACUGUUCUCUGCUUUAUUCUUUCUUUCUUUACAGUUCUAUGCUUUACUCUUUCUUUUUUACCACUACUUUUUCUUCUCUAAUCAUAUGA